GCAGCGAAGGGUCAGGCAAGCUUUGGAGAAGAGAUGCCCGGCAAACAGUCAGAUGAGAAACAGGUGGAGGCGGGGGCUGCUGAAAACGUAGCUGAGGAGGACCUAGGGGGCCUCACGGCAGAGGAGCUCCGGCAGGGCCAGGAGGCAGCCCUGGAGCUAGAGGACAUGAUGGCGCUAAGUGCCCAGACUCUGGUCCAAGCCGAGGUGGACGAGCUUUACCAGCAAGUGCGUCCCCUGGGCCAGGGCCGCUUCGGCCGGGUCCUGUUGGUCACCCAUCGUCAGAAAGGCACAACCCUGGCACUGAAGCAACUCCCAAAGGCCUCCACUUCUCUCCGCGGCUUCCUGUACGAGUUCUGCGUGGGCCUCUCGCUGGGCACGCAUUCAGCCAUAGUAACGGCCUACGGCAUUGGCAUCGAGUCAGCCAACUCCUACAGCUUCCUGACGGAGCCCGUCCUGUAUGGGGACCUGAUUACCUUCAUCCAGCCCAAGGUGGGCCUCCCGCAGCAGGCAGUCCAGCGCUGUGCGGACCAGCUGGCUUCGGCCCUGGAGCACAUCCACUCCCGUGGCCUGGUGUACCGGGACAUCAAGCCCGAGAAUGUGCUGGUGUGCGAUCCAGCCUGCCAGCGGGUCAAGCUGACCGACUUCGGCCACACGAGGCCCCGCGGGACACUGCUGCGCCUGGCUGGGCCGCCCAUCCCUUACACGGCCCCCGAGCUCUGCUGCCCCCCGCCCCUCCCCGAGGGCCUGCCCAUCCAGCCUGCCCUGGAUGCUUGGGCGCUGGGGGUCCUGCUCUUCUGCCUUCUCACCGGCUACUUCCCCUGGGACCAACCCCUGGCUGAAGCCGACCCCUUCUACGAGGACUUCCUCAUCUGGCAGGCAUCUGGCCAGCCCGAGGACCGUCCUCAGCCCUGGUUCGGCCUGACGCCUGUGGCCGACAGUCUCCUGUGGGGGCUGCUGGACCCUCACCCCCGGAAGAGGAGCCCAGUGAGCUCCAUUCAGGGCUACCUGGGACGUCCCUGGAGGCAGCAGAAGGAGGAAGCUAGUGAAGAGGAGGAGGAGGGGGAUGGAGAGGAGGAUGGAGAGUGAGGGGGGACAGCCUGAGCCCACCUUGCCUGCAGAGACUCAGAAAGGGAACCAGGUGGGCCCCACAUCCUGAGGUCACCUCCGCCUUCUUGUGGUGGCUUUUAGCUUCUCCUUUGCUUCAUUACCUCUCACAUGGGCAUUCUGUGCCCCUCCUGUGACCUGUGGGCGGGGGGGGGGGCCCUGAGACUGCCGUGUGUCUGUCCUGCCGUCCAUCUUCCCCAGGGCUUUGGCACCUGCUGUUCCCCUUGCCCGCAGUCUUGUGGCUCCUUCCCUGGCCUCCCACACAACAGGGUGCUUCCGCUGCCCUGCUCAGUGAGGCCUGCUUGGCGGGAGGCCCUGGCCCAUGUUCCCACUGCCUCCCUCUUCUCUGCUCUCUUUCUUCUGUGACGCUCAUCCCCUUCCAGCUGUCCGCUUAGGUCAGUGUGGUUCUCCUGCGUGUCCUGCUGCGGGGGGCAGGGGUCUGGCCCAGCCUGUGACGUACCCCAUGUAGCCGGAGCCAUACUGGCCCGAACAAAGGGGCCAGCAAAUGUUUGCUCAAUAAAUGAACCCAUCUAGUUCUAUGCUGCUGCCUCCAUGUCCCUGUUCUGGCCCAGUCCCUCCUCCCUGCCUGGGUUUCACUCACUCCCUCUGCCCUCUGUCUUGCACCCACAUGCCAGGCUGUCGUCCUCUCGAUAAUGUGCCCUUUCUUCUCUCACCCAACUUCAUCCAGCUCUUAGAUCUCCAUGAUGCUGCUGGUCUGUCCCCUUGUGGAAGAAAAGGACAGCACCCGGGUGUGGGCACUGGACAGUGUGUUGUCAGGAAGACAGACUGAGCGAGGGAGAGACACACAGAGAGACAGAGUGGUAGAAUACGUGGUGUGGCCGUGCUGCUUGCCAGACACUGGCCGCCGUGUGUGUGUCAGGACGGUGUGAGCCUGGCUCUGCACGGGCCUGUGUGCGAGCAGAGGCCCUGAGCAUCAGAGCUCUUCGUGGACAAGAGCUUCCACUGCACUGGGGCGGGAAUUUCUGCAGAUGCGUGUGUCCGUGAGCAUCUGAGCCCAUGGGUGUGCACAAGUCAUGGUGUGUGGGGAGACACGGUGAGGGUGUGACUGUGUCCCACUCCAUGUGGAUGAAGUGAUUGUGUGUUUCCUGUGUCCGAGUGUUUGAGCCUGUGUGUGAGGGGACAGGAUGGAAGUUUGUGUGCGCCUGGCUCUGUGUGUGUGGACAUCAGGCCCGUGUUUGUGUGUCCACAAGACCUUGAGUGCGCGUGUGUGUAGCAGGAGAAAAGUCACCCAGGCGCUGUUGCCAAUCACCAGCUGGGCCCCUCUCUCCUUCACACCUCCCCCCCCCCCCAUCCUGGCCCCUUCUUGGCAGCUGCCCUGUUUGCAAACACUCUGUCUUCCUCUCCUCGCCUUCUUUGGCCACCCGCCCAGACCAAGUCUACAACUCAGAGCUGGAUCGUGUGUCACUCUCUCCCAAGUCCCUACCAUCCCCCCCAAGGCCCCUGCUGUGGCCUCCUAGCUGUUGCAUGGACUGGGGAGGGGGGGUGUUAACAGCACCUGUGGAGUGACCCCAAAGACCUUUAAUCUAGUUUCAAUCCAGAGGACUAGGGACAUUGGCCCCUGUCCUGGGCAAUCCAGGUGAGCUUCCUGGAGUAGGGGAUCAUUGCAGAGAACAAGAUAGGGAGGUACAUCAAGGGGGGGUCAUGAUCGGCCCUACUGGCAUCUUAUCCAUGAAUGUGAAACAGCCCCAGCCAUUAGGCCAAGAAUGUGUCCCAAAAAAACUGGAGGUGGCUGGGGCAGGGUGGAGCUGGGAAGGAGAGGAUUGGAGAUGGGCAGGGGAGGGCAGGGCAGGCAGGGGCAGCUACAGAGAGCGUUAAUUGGUGGCAGCAGCUGAGGAUUAACUGGGAAGUGAUAAUGACAGUGGGGGGCCAAGGACGUGGCAGGAGGAUGAAAGUUCCCAGGCAGGGCCUGAAGGGGGCAGGGGCAGUGCUAAUUAAGUAUUAGUUACUUAAUUAAGUAAGACUUAAUACUAAUCAUGAUACUUAACACUAACAAAGCAGCUUGCUCCUCGAGCAGCCCCCCCGGCAGACACAUCCACUGCCUUGCUAGGGUCUUCCUCAUUUCACGGGUGGGGGCCCCAAGGGCAGCCAGGGCAGCCAAGGUAGCACCUGAGCUCCCACCAUGGGUCAAUAGCAGGAACAGAGCCAGAAUUUGAGCCCAGAUUGGGUCCUGCCCAGGGUCCAUGGUCUUCCACUUCAGGGUGUCCUGCUGCCAUCAGUGGCUGAAGGGGCCCCACACGGGGGGCCUGGGGUGCAUGUGAGAGGGUGCGUGUUGGUAUCUGUGCAUGUGUGAAUGGGCUGAGGGGCUGUGUGUGCAUGACGGGUUGUAAGGGGGCCAUCCUUCCCUGGGAGGACAUGGGCUUUGGGGCAGAUAAACUAUGGGGAUAGAAGGAGGGGUUCGCAGAAGCCUCCAGACCCACUGACAUGUGCUAGUGAGGACAUGAAGAGGCUAGAACUCCCCCAUGCAGUGCGGAGAGAGUGUAAAAAAACAGUGCAGCCACUGUGGGAGACAGGCUGGCAGUUCGUCAGCUCAUUAGACACAGAAUGACCGUAGGGGCCUGCAAUUCCGCUCCUAGCUUUGUGCCCACGAGCAGCAGAAGCAUGCAUCCACAGCAAUCCACAGUAAUGUCACAGCGACAUUACUCACAAUAGCCAAACCAUGGAGACAACCCAAAUGUCCACCAGUUGCUAAGCGGAGAACCAUGAAGCAGUCCAUCCAGACUCUGAACUACUACUCGGCCACGGAACGACACAGAGCCCUAACACAUGCCACAUCACAAACACCAUGGGAAGACAAAGAGGCCAGUUGCAGAAGAUGAGCCACUGCAGGACUCCAUUUUGAAAAUGUCCAGAAUAGGCAAAUCCACAGAGGAGGAAAGAUUGCUGGCUGCCGGGGGUGGGGCUGUCGGGGGGAGACAGGGAAUGGCUGCUAAGGGGCGCAGCUUUUCUUCGUGGGGGUGGCAAUGCUGGUGGAAUCGUUCUAAAAUUAGAUUGUGGUGAGUGUUGCACAACUCUGAAUAUAUUAAAAACCACUGAAUUGCACACGGGAAAAGGGUGAAUUUUAUGGCAUGUAGAUUUCAUCUCAAUGAGGCUAAAAAACCACAAAACAAGCAUUUCCAAGGUUCUCAUGCCUUGGUCAGUUUCUUUCCUUCUCUGGGCCUCUGAAUUCCCAUCAAAGGGAAAAAAGAAAACCCUGCCCUCCUGCUAAUAGCUCUGAACUAAUCACAAACCAAGCCCCUAAACACAGGACCCACUCCUUACUCCUCCCUCCGUUUUACAGAAAAGACCAUUGAGACCCCAAAGGGCAGAAACCUACUUUCCAAAGACCCACAAGUCUAAAGGUGGAACAGCCUGAAUUCAAACCCAGCUCUGGCCUGAUUCCAGAGUCUUUGCUCUUCACCCCAGCCCAGCACCCCUAAAGCGUACCCGGGCUGGUGGUCACCAAGGAAUCUCUGUUCCCCCCAGUUUGGGAACCCCAAGCUUGCAAGCAGCACCAUGUGGGUGCCCAGUGUAAUGUGAAAAUGUGGUGUUUCUUGUUUCAAAAAAAGCUUUUCCUUCCCCUCUCCCUCUCUGCCAUUUGUUAUUGAAGCCACGCCCUUGCCUCAGCCUGGGGCAUGGAGCUACCUGCUGGCCGGCCCUCACCAGGAUGGGGCCAGGCAUCCAGCUACAGAACCCAUCAGGGAAGUGACUUAGCAUGAGCCUGGCUCCCAUCCCAUCAACUUCACUUAGAAAACAGAAUAAAAAAUCACGAAGAACGUCGGGACAGGGACUGCGGAGUGUUAAACCAACCCAGCUGCACCCCACCUGGACCCUGCUUGCAGAGGGAGAGAGCUUGCCCGGGGCCAGAGGGGCCAGCCCCGCAAGGCCUCUAUAAACUAGCUCUGGGGUGGGAGCUCUGCAUUGGGUGCUAGGACGCAGAUAAGGCAAAUGGCUUGAGCAGAACUUCUCAGACGUGGACAGCAGCCAGCCACAAAAUCACCUGCUGCCUUGUUAAAAUGUGGAUUCUGAUCCGGGGGGUCUGAGACGGUGCUGGUGAGGCCCAUGCUUCCAGGGCCACGAGUCACACUUACUGGUGCAAGGGACACAAUUUUAGAGUGCUGAGCUUGCGUCCUAGCUAAACUCUUACUAACGUUAACCAUUUGUCUGCUGGAUGCUUUGGGGUUUUCUACAUGGACUGUCAUAUCACCCACGGGGAAGGACAGAUCUGUGUCUUUCUUUCCACCCUUCCUGUGAUUAAGAAAAUCCCCUCUGCUUCCACUCUGCUUAGAGUGGGUGCGUGCUUGUGUGUGUAAACCAUGAAUGGGUGUUGAAUUUUGUCAAAUGUUUUUUUCCUCCAUCAGUCAAGCUCACUAGGCCUCUGCAGCUACUGUUCUGGGCUCGUUGCAAGCUGGCAGGCAUAGGAUAGGGCUCAGCUGUCCCGUGGGAGGUGUCCAGGUCAGGGCCAGCAGUAGGUGGGGGCUGGCCACCCACCCUGGUCCUCAGCCCUGGGGCCAGAUGUUUGGGCUUAGCUGCCUGGCCAAGCAGGGAUAGAGUGACUGGAUAAUUAAGCACCCGCUUCUUUGGGGCUGGCAGAAGGCAGAAGAGGGUGGAGGGACCUGGGGCCAGAGUGCCCAGCAGCACCGGCCUGGAGUCUAAACUCCCAUUGGGCCCUCUGGGGGGACCCAGAGUUGGGGUGCACCAGCUCCCAACCGCAAAUGGGAAAGUAGACCCUUCGCCUCCAGGUUGACAUGCUGUCCUCUGAGCCCCCGACUGCCCAGGAGGGCAAGGGGCAGGCAGGCAGGGGCCUCCUCGGCCCUCCCCGUUUACCAGUCAGCAGUUAUUUAAGUCUGGGGCUUAAUGAGACCCAGGGAACAGAAUUCUCUGCGUGCUCCUUUGCCUGUUGGCGGGGCAGACGGUCCAUCUAUCAGGACCCCCGGACAUUAUCCCUCCCCACCCCCAACAAGUAACUGGACCCUGCUGGCCUUUGCAGGACUGCGGGGGCGCCAGCUCCAUGACCUUCCAGGACCUCUGAGCCAAGCUCAGGGAGAGGAGGAGGGAACGGUCUCCUGUCUGAGGCUACAGAAACCAGAAUCUGAACUUCUUUCGAUCUUUCAAGACAGCCCCCAGUUUACAAGCGGAGGCCCAGAGAAGGGAAGGGGCACACCCAAGGUCACUCAGAGAGGGGCCGUCAUGGGAGUCCUAUCCUGGGACCCCAGGCCAAGGUCAAGCAGGGGCAUUUGCCUCGGAUUAUUCUGGGUUUGAGUUCCCACUUUGCUGUGUGGCCUCAGGCAAGGUGCUUGCCCUCUCUGAGCUUCAGUGUACUUUCUGAAAUGGGGAUCAAAUCCCUCCCUCAAAGGGCUGUGGUGAGGAUGGGAUGUAGUGUGUUAAGAGGCCACACUGGGUCAGGCACAGAGAUGCACAGUCAGGAAGGGAUCACGAUCACUCUUGUUAACUGAGCACAUGAUAUGCCGAGCUCCAUCCCUGCCCACACGGCCUCAUCUAAUCCUCACCAGCACCA